CCAUUCUGUAAGAACAACUCAAAACAGAAGGGUCAAAGCAUUCGGAUUGAUGAAAUAUCGCUUUCACAUUGGUAAAGUAGACUAGAUCACCGCUAACUUCUGACUAUAGAAGCCAACUCGUGUUCACAUAUAUUGCAAUGCAAACGGAAUAAACACUAAAAAGUCAAUGGGAGAAAUUGAUGGAAGUUCUUGGAAUUUUCCUUCACAAAUGCAACGAAAAGGUGAAGAGAAUAAACUCCAAGGGGUUGUUGAUACAGACCCUUUCUUCAUAAAUUAAGUUGCAAAAUCAUGCAAGGACUCAAUUCUAACAUCUUAUUCAGCUGAGUGAAAGAAACAUUCAGAAAACAAAUUAUGGCUGAUACUGCUGUCAGCUUAGCAAUCGACAAGCUAAUUGUUCUGCUCACGCAAGAGGUAAACCUUUUAACCGGUGUCCACAGAGAAGUUGCAGAACUCAAAGACGAGCUGGAGAGUAUUAGAUCUUUUCUAAAAGAUGCAGAUUCCAGGUUGGAGAAAGAGAGUGUCAGCAGCAGUGUCAAGACAUGGGUGAAACAGGUAAGACAAGCAGCUUAUCGUAUAGAAGAUGUCAUGGAUGAGUACAUGCUUCGCGUGGCAAAACAUCGUGACCAACGCGGUUUCAAGGCUUUCCUCAAUACGAUGGUUUGCUUGGUGAAGACUGUUAGACCUCGUCAUGAAAUAGCCUCGGAGAUUCAAGAUAUUAAAAGAUCAAUCCGUGAGAUCAAGGAGAGAAGUCAAAGAUAUAGUUUCAGUUCCUUGGAGCUAGGGGGAUCAAGUUCUAAUGCUGAGAAUAACCAUACCUGGAAUGAUCCUCGAGUUGGCUCCCUCUUUCUUAAGGAAGAUGAACUUGUGGGAAUUGAACCUGUGGAAAAUGAACUCGUGAGCAAAUUGGUAGAUGGGGCAUCGCAGCGCACUGUGGUUUCAGUGGUGGGUAUGGGGGGAGUAGGAAAAACCACUCUUGUCAAAAAAGUUUAUGACAACCAAGUUGUCAUCGGACACUUUGAUUGUCAUGUUUGGAUCACAGUGUCUCAAUCAUACAAAUUAGAUGAGGUACUUCGAAGCAUGAUAAAGCAGUUCGCCGGAGAAAGAAAUGAGCACGUUCCUCAUGGAAUUGACACCAUGCAUCAGGGGUCCUUGAUCAAUAAAUUCAGAGAGUGCUUAUCAAAGAAGAGAUACUUGGUUGUGUUUGAUGAUGAGUGGAAAAUUGACUUUUGGGGAGAUGUGGAACACGCUUUACUCGAUAACAAUAAAAGUAGCAGAGUUAUGAUCACAAGCAAGAUUAAGGAUGUUGCUGAGUUUUGCAAGAGAUCUUCACUUUUAUACGUCCAUCAACUAGAUCCUCUACCUAUAAAGGAGGCACAGAAGCUCCUAUGCAGAAAGGCAUUUCAAUUUGACGUGGAAAAACAAUGUUCUCCAACAUUGGAGAAAUUGUCCUUUGAAAUCGUUAAACGAUGUAAAGGCUUGCCACUUGCAGUUGUGGCCAUUGGAGGACUUUUGUCAACCAGAGGUAAGGAUUUGUCUCAAUGGCAAAACUUGCUGGAUAGUCUCACUGCAGAGUUACACUGCAAUCCUCACCUCAUCAAUAUCAAAAGAAUUCUUUCUUUCAGUUACCUUGAACUUCCUUCCCACCUUAAACCUUGUUUCUUGUACCUUGGCAUGUUUAGAGAAGAUUGCCCUAUUAACUGCUCCAAACUAGUUCGGCUUUGGAUGGCAGAAGGGUUUGUGAAAGAAAAGCAUGGCAUCACCCUGGAAAAGGUUGCAGAGGGAUACUUAACGGAGCUUAUUCGUAGAAAUUUGGUUCAAGUGGUAGGACAUUUCUUUGAUGGCAAAGCUAGAUAUUGUGGAGUUCAUGAUUUGGUACGUGAGGUCAUUCUUUCCAGAUCAGAGGAGUUGAAUUUGAGAUUGGCAUCAGUGGAAAACUGCACGAGUCACGAUGGAACAGCCCGUCAUCUAUCUAUCUGCGAUGAGGCAGGCCAUGUUUCAGAGAUAACUAGUAACGCUCAAACUCGUUCUAUAAUCUUUUACAGGGUGGAUAAAUUGCCAAAUCCUUUAUUCAAUACCUUUUUCGCAAAUUUGAAGCUUUUAAGAGUUUUGGAUUUUGAAGGAAGCCUUUUGCAGUACCUACCAAAAGAAUUGGGAAAUCUACUAAAUUUAAGAUAUUUAUGUCUUAGAGAUACUAGAAUAAAGAUGCUUCCAAAGUCUAUAGGGAAGUUGCAGAACUUAGAGACAUUGGAUUUAAAGCGUUCCCUUGUGCAUGAACUACCAGAUGAGAUCAAUAGGCUUCACAGGUUGCAAUACCUUUUGGCGUUCUCUGUUAAUUAUGAUGGUGAAUUAAGCGUUGACACUCCACGAGGGGUGAAAAUACAAAAUGGAAUCAGGUGCUUGAAUGGUUUGCAGAAGCUUAGUUCAUUGGAUGUGGAGCACAGCAAGGUAGCCAUUAAGGAGUUGGGGAGGUUGAAGCAGUUGAGGAAAUUAGGGAUCAAUAAACUGAAAGCAGAAGAUGGGAAAAUUCUAUGUGCUGCAUUAAAGGAAAUAUGCUACCUUCAGUCGCUAAGUAUCUCCUCAGUGAACGAGGUAGAACCUCUUGAACUGCACUCACUAUCUUCCCCUCCUCCAUUCAUUCAACGCCUCUUGUUAAAGGAAUUGGAAAAGCUGCCUCAUUGUAUCUCCAAACUAAAGAGUCUUUCUAGAGUUUGUCUGUUUUGGUCAAAGCUAUCAGAAGAUCCACUGAAGGUCCUUGAACUUCUCCCCAAUUUGCUUGACCUUUGGCUUUAUGGGGGAUAUGAUGGUGACCAACUACAUUUUAAGGAGGGUCAUUUUGAAAAACUAAAGGUUCUAGGUCUUAGAUGCUUGAAUGGAUUGACUACACUAGAAAUAGAGAAAGGAGCAUUGCCUUCUCUUCAAGGUUUAGCAAUUGGGGGUAGCCCACAAUUGAAGGAGGUGCCCUCCGGCAUUGUUUGGAUGGACAAUCUCAAGUCUCUUGAGUUUUGGGAUAUGCCAACAGAAUUCAAAGAAAGGAUGCUACCAACAAAAGGCCAGGAUCUUUGGAAAGUCGGUCACAUACCAAAUGUCUUUUUCGUUUACAGUAGAGGAAUGAUGUGUAAAUCAUACAAGCUUUCUGAUUUGGAACUGGCAACUAUGUAGAGUUCAGCUGUCUUGGAAACCAAAUGUUCCGCAUGUUGUAGCUUUACUUGAUACAGGCUGCACUCUUCAAUGUGGACAGCUCAAGGAUGUACAACUGCAGGACUGCAUUUUGUCGCCAAACAUUCAACCUAAACAAGACAAGCUGACUUGUCUUUUUAACGUCAAAUGGUUGCUGUUCCGUUCAUUGGUUUUGUGUGUCACGUAAUAUUGUUUUAGUUUGUGGUCACUGCCAUGGCUUGGUUUUGUUCACAAUGAAUUAUUGUCUAUUGUUUACUUCCCACAGCAAUGUCCAUUUGCUUCAUCAAUGGUAUUUAUCA